AUGGAGCGGUCGGGGACGCUGCCGCACGAUGGCAGCUCCGGGCUGGAGAAUAGCACCUACAGCCUGAACUCGGUCGACCAAGAAACAUCAGCACCUUCGAGUGCAAACGUCGAUACACAGCCCUCGAGGUGGACUUCAGCGACGACUUCCUUGACGGCCUCACCCAUGGCCUCGAGAGAAAGCUCUCCCACCAGGGCGUUCGCGAAACCGCCUAGACCAGGCCGUGCAUCUGCCAGCAGAUCACGCAAGAGUAGUUUUAACGACCCAAGUCCGUCCAGGACAAGACAAAACUCCAACAGGGGACCAACAUCGGCGCCGCGACAGCAGUCGAUAUCUGCCGCAACCACGCCUACUUUACCACCCCCAUCUGGCUCAGACGCGCCUCGAGACUCAUCACAGCCGCGGAAGCCUUCGUCGAACACGGACCGGAAAUCGAGAGAUUCGCCGCGAUGGCCCGUAUCGCCCCGCCUCAAGUCACCACCGCCGCAACUCAACAAGCCCGCUUUCCCUCCUCCGCCAGCAAGGAACGAACGAGAGCCCCCCAUGAUUAAUUUGCAAAGAGCGACACCAUCGCCGCACCCACACCCGCUUGCUUCUGAACCGGCAUCACAGGUUGCUUCGGAUACUGAAGGUGAUGCUGCGGAAACACCAUCAGGCAUGCUUACGCCGGUUGGAGGGCCCAGCGGUGGUUCGUCACAAUUAGAAACAGUACAGGAAGUCAGCCAACCCGGUACACCAGGUGCGGAUUUGAAUCUAGCCCUGGAAAGGCUGUCUCAAGGUCAGCCCUUGGGCUCUGAGUCGGCUGCCCACCGAGCAGUCAAAUCUGGUAGCAACAGCGAAAGUGGAAGCGACAGCGGAAGUAUAAGACGCGGCUCAAAGAUACUGGGUCCUGCUGCUGGGGCAGCUGCUGCACCGCCCUCACUGCAGACUAGGCAAUCAAGUUCGGCUUUGCGGUUCGGCGGCAACAAGGGGCUGUUGGCUGAUCCUUCGAAACACAUUACCGUCGAGGAGGAGGAGGUCAGCUCUGGUCCUCGCCUGGCUUUGGGCUUGACGACCACGAAUCAAGUUGGUAAUGGCAGUCUGAAGACGAAACCAAGUUCGGAAACAAUUAGGCCGAGGAAAGAGAAGAGAAAGCCGACAAGGAAAGCAGCGUCGGUGGCUUCUGGCACUGGUGAGAAUCCAAAUCUUCUUGCAACGAGACCAGCAUCCCAGCUUCGGCACAGUCGUUCGAUAAGAUCCUUGGCAUCCUCGAUAUCUUGUCGCUCGCCUGUCCAGCCGAAGCACGGCCAAGGGUCGUAUGGGGAGGAUGCAGUGCUUUCGCACCCGCUUUCAAGGAAGGCAUCGCGCACUCCAAGUAUAACCGCCCAUGUAACCAAUUUACUGACAGGAGGACCCCGUCCAGCAUCCUCAAAAGCAGACAUUUUCGAGGCCAAGGUUGCCAGCGCCGUUGAAGAGGCGAAUUCGUCAGACUCUGAUGAGACGUUUGUGUAUGAUUCUAACCCACCAGACGCACCGGAUAGACCGCGCCGAUAUCAUUCUCGCACGCCGAGUGCCACGUCCAUGGUCAGCCAGGCCGAUCGGGGCGGCCUACGCUCCAUACAUAGUCUUCUCGAGAAUGGGCCUGUGAAUCCUGCUAUCAAGAAGAACAUGAAGUUUGUCAACACUUAUGGAAGCAACACGGCGGAAAGCCUCACAGGCGACGAAGACGGUAGGGGUACGGGGAGUGGUCGCAGCAACGCUGGUUCAACGCGAGCAGGAGGUCGCCAUCACAACCAUGCGAACCGCUGGGGGCGCAAUAACAGUAGCAACCACCUGUCCCUCUUUGACAACGAAUCGCCUUUCCCUCAUGCAGCACGAUCUAAACUAGCAGGGACACAUUCAAGGCAUUCAUCCAAUCCGCCAAGUCCUCGUUUUCCUCAAGGCCGCAGCGGAAUACAAAACAGCAAGCGACAGAUGGCUAUGGCUGGAGGCUACGAUCUGGACGAUAACGCGACGCCAAUGGCGGAUGACGAGCGUACGCCUUUGCUGCAUCUUAAUGGAAAUCGAUCUGUUCGGUCAAACCGAGGUCGUCGUGCUGGUGGUAUGAGACCCCGAGGCGACCUCGAAGCUGGUGGCUAUCACCAGGGCCCUUCUUUCCUAAACCGAUUUGCGAGCUGCUUGGUGCUUACAAUCAUGCUACUGCUGGUCAUCAUGGGUGCGGUAGGCUUCAUGUUUGCCACGUCUCAGCCAUUGACGAGCAUCGAACUUGUCAAGAUUGGAAAUGUGCUCGCUAGCGAACAGGAACUCAUGUUGGACAUUACUGUUCGGGCGCACAAUCCCAAUAUCGUUGUCGUGUCCGUAGAUUCAGCAGAUAUCGAGGUCUUUGCAAAAUCACCACACGCUGGGACGGAUUCAGAAUGGUGGCGCCACCCACACGACGGGAUGCAGAUACUCGAUGACGAUGGAGACGACAAUGAAAGCCGCCCUGACGAGAAGUCACCCAAUAUGCGGCUCGGAAACAUCAUGGAACUCGACAGCCCAUUGAGCUUUGAGGGCUCGUUUUUCCAGUCUGGCAAUUCAAUGUCUUCCAGCGAGCUGCGUCUGACCCGACCGGGUAAUGGGACUGAUGGUGGUUCUGAGCGCUGGGAGCGUAUUCUCAAUGACGAAUUCACCCUUAUUUUGAAGGGCGUGCUCAAGUACACCCUGCCGCUAAGCCAAAAAGUCAAGAGCAUCCCAAUCUCGGGCAAGACGACGGUGAAACCCAACUCCGCUAGCGAUCCAGUGGUGAGGAAACCGAACGGAACCGAUUUUGAAGUCGGUAUCUUGUAG